UUUACGUUUGCUGAUAACAGUUUUAUUUUUUACCGAUUAAAAUUUUAAAUUUAUUACCCAGUCUUAUAUAAAUAUUAUGUUAUAGUAUUUUUUGUUCAACUUUGUACAUAAUCCACAAACGUGUUUGCUGAUGAUGACUGCAACAAGUGUGUUGCGGCAACAUCAAAAUAAAUAAAAAUAAUAAUGUCUAACACUAUUGCUCAAAAAUACACGUCCCAUCUACGCAUCUGUUAAAUGAUAUUUUUUGAAAUCAAAAAAAUGAAGUGUUUAUUUCAUUUCUCGUUGAUGAUUUUACUGCUCAUUCAACACAGCUCCUGUUCGCGUCAUUAUGACAGUCAUCGUCUCUUACAAUUAAGAUCGGAGGUGAAAGAAAUGUUUGAACAUGCUUAUCAUGGCUAUAUGAAAUAUGCUUAUCCUUAUGACGAGUUACGACCAUUGACGUGUGAUGGUGUGGACACUUGGGGCAGUUACUCAUUAUCAUUGAUUGAUGCUCUAGACACUCUAGUUGUGAUGGGACUACAUGAUGAAUUUAAUAAGGCAGUUGACUACAUAAAAUAUAAUGUUUCAUUUGACGCUGAUAUCAAUGUAUCAGUUUUUGAGACAAACAUAAGAGUUGUAGGUGGACUGCUAAGUGCUCAUAUGUUAUCUCAUAGAGCUACAACUGAAUUAGAAAUUGGAUGGCCAUGUAAUGGACCAUUGUUACGCAUGGCUGAAGAUGUAGCUAGAAGAUUAUUACCAGCAUUUGAUACCCCUACUGGUAUGCCUUAUGGAACAGUUAAUCUUCGAUCUGGUGUACCCGAAGGUGAAACAACUGUAACUUGUACAGCAGGAAUUGGUACAUUCAUAUUAGAAUUUGGAACUUUGUCUCGGCUAACUGGUGAUUUUAUAUUUGAACAGGUAGCUUUAAAAGCUCUCCAUUCGUUGUUCAACCAUAGAUCUAAAAUGGGAUUAAUGGGUAAUCAUUUGGACGUGGCCUCUGGAUUAUGGAUUGCGCAUGAUUCAGGCAUUGGUGGUGGGAUUGAUUCAUAUUUUGAGUACUUAAUUAAAGGCUCUCUGCUAUUUAACCUGCCUCAUCUAAGAAGUAUGUUUGAUGAAUUAAGAAAACCUAUUGAUAAGUACUCAGCAACUUCCACUGGGUGGUAUUUUUGGGUGAACAUGCAAAAGGGCCAAGUGACAAUGCCUAUAUAUCAGUCAUUAGAAUCAUAUUGGCCAGGGCUUUUAAGUCUAAUAGGUGACAUAGAUAUUGCCAUGAAAUCAAUGUCAAAUUAUCAUGAUGUACUUAAAUUAUACGGUUUUACUCCUGAAGUUUACAAUGUUGUCAAUCAAGAGGCUGCCAGAGAUUCAUUCCCAUUACGCCCUGAAUUAGUUGAGUCUGCAAUGUAUUUGUAUAAAGCAACUAAUGGAGACCCUUAUUUACUAGACAUAGGUAGUGACAUUCUACGUUCCAUUCAACAUAGUAGUCGUACUCAAUGUGGAUAUGCCACGAUUAAAAGUUGCAAAAAGCAUUCUCUUCAAAAUAGGAUGGAGUCAUUUUUCCUUGCUGAAACAACUAAGUAUCUUUAUUUACUUUUUGACCCCAAUAACUUUAUACAUAAUGAUGGAAGUCAUGGCAAAGUUUGGAACACAGCUGGUGGCCGUGAAUGCAUAGUCGAUGCAGGUGGAUACAUUUUUAACACAGAGGCGCAUCCUAUAGAUCCUGGAAUUUUGCACUGUUGUUACAUGGCUGACAACAAUGAUUGGUCGCAUCGUCAACAGCCUAAAUAUCAACGUUUUAUGAAAUCGUCAAUGGUAGUUGACCAAAAAAAAGAAUCAACCAAUCAAGCUAAAGGCACCGUGACCGGAGAGAACGGCAGUUCCGCAAGCGGCCACGGUUUCACCGUGGACGAGAGUAGUGUCUAUUGGAAGCAACAGGCGCACGAAGAUCAACGGCCGCAAUUCAAAAACGACCACCAAAAACCGCCAUCGGUUCCAGAUGCGAUUUUGGGUAGAUCACCAACGAUAAAAUCGCUGCAACCACCACCGAUGCCGCCUCCGUCGUCACGACCACCAGUGAUAUAUCGGACGGACGACCAACUACAGGAUAACAGGAGACAAGAUGGCGAUGGAGAAACUGCUGACGAUAGUGACAAACGGUUCGAGUCUUCGACUCAAUCGCAGGAGAGUACUGCGAACCGAGUCGUUUCCGAUUCGGCGGCAACGGUCGAUUCGAACGAAUUCCACGACUACGACGACGGUUUUAAAGAUCUGACGACUUCCGACCGCCGAUAUCAGCAAUCGACGUUGGCCGAUUACGAUCACGACCGCAACAGCAACGGUGACGAUGAAAAUUGGAAAGCUAAACAGCACCGUUGGACAAGCGAAAAACGGCAACAGGACGACGAUGACACCUCGACGACCGGCCAUGACGACGACAACGGCUAUCAAGUGCUCUCGUGCCCGGCGACGAAUAACAUUUACACGCAUUUUCGGUGGUGACGACGGGGUGAUAAAUAAAAUGCCUUCCCGAUUAAUCUACUUGGUAUCCUGGUUGAUUUAUAUAUUUAUUAUUAAGAUACUUUUUUUUAUGAUUUUGUUGUUGAACCAAAAAAUAUAAAAUCGUUUAUAAUAUUAUUAAUAACGCCGCGUUGUUCAAUAAUAUUAUAAUACGUAUAUAAUUGGGUAGUACAUGCCUGUCUGCCUGUUCUGAAUACAUUGUAUUUAUUGUUUUAUUUAUGUAUUUCAAACUAUAUUCUGAAUACUUCAAAAAAUUGUUUUUCAUAUACUAACUAUUUAUUAUUAUUAUUUUAUAAUCAUAGACUUCUAGUCUACAAACCCAGCACUGACCAAAAAGUAAUAAUAGGUAACUACCUAGCUAUUAUAAUAUGUACAGUGUUAUUUACUAUUUUGUUGUGUUCUAUACAAAAGACUAUAUUUUUUAUUUGAGAUACGUGAUGUAUUUUAAGAAUAU